AUUUCCAUUGUGCUAACAAGUUCCAAGUGAUGUACAAGCUUCAUUACAUCAAAAUGACCUGUUGUGGAAGCAAGACUGUUUGUUGCUGCAACACUCCCAGCUGCCCCAAGUGUGGCUGCUACCCCUGCUGCUGCAAGCCUCCCCACUGUCCUGAGUGUGGCUGCUCCCCAUGCAUCUGCAAGCCACCCUGCUGUCCUGAGUGUGGCUGCUCCCCAUGCAUCUGCAAGACUCCCCGCUGUCCUGAGUGUGGCUGCUCCCCAUGCAUCUGCAAGCCACCCUGCUGUCCUGAGUGUGGCUGCUCCCCAUGCAUCUGCAAGACUCCCCGCUGUCCUGAGUGUGGCUGCUCCCCAUGCAUCUGCAAGCCACCCUGCUGUCCUGAGUGUGGCUGCUCCCCUUGCAUCUGCAAGCCACCCUGCUGUCCUGAGUGUGGCUGCUCCCCUUGCAUCUCCAAGGCUCCCCGCUGUCCUGAGUGCGGCUGCUCCCCAUGCAUCUGCAAGCCACCCCGCUGUCCAGAGUGUGGCUGCUCCCCAUGCAUCUGCAAGACUCCCUGCUGUCCUGAGUGUGGCUGCUCACCUUGCUGCUGCAAGCCUCCUCGCUGGUCCAAGUGCCGCUGGUCCCCCAGCUGUUGCAAGCCUCCCACCUGUCCUAGGAGUGGCUGCUCCCCAUGCAUCUGCAAGACUCCCUGCUGUCCUGAGUGUGGCUGCUCCCCUUGCAUCUGCAAGCCUCCCAGCUGUCCUAAGUGUGGCUGCUCCCCUUGCAUCUGCAAGCCACCCCGCUGUCCUGAGUGCGGCUGCUCCCCAUGCAUCUGCAAGACUCCCCGCUGUCCUGAGUGUGGCUGCUCCCCAUGCAUCUGCAAGACUCCCUGCUGUCCUCAGUGCGGCUGCUCCCCGUGCAUCUGCAAGCCACCCCGCUGUCCUGAGUGUGGCUGCUCCCCUUGCAUCUGCAAGCCUCCCAGCUGUCCUAAGUGUGGCUGCUCCCCAUGCAUCUGCAAGCCACCCCGCUGUCCUGAGUGCGGCUGCUCCCCAUGCAUCUGCAAGCCACCCCACUGUCCUGAGUGUGGCUGCUCCCCAUGCAUCUGCAAGACUCCCCGCUGUCCUGAGUGUGGCUGCUCCCCAUGCAUCUGCAAGACUCCCUGCUGUCCUCAGUGUGGCUGCUCCCCGUGCAUCUGCAAGCCACCCCGCUGUCCUGAGUGUGGCUGCUCCCCUUGCAUCUGCAAGCCUCCCAGCUGUCCUAAGUGUGGUUGCUCCCCAUGCAUCUGCAAGCCACCCCGCUGUCAUGAGUGUGGCUGCUCCCCUUGCAUCUGCAAGCCUCCCAGCUGUCCUAAGUGUGGCUGCUCCCCAUGCAUCUGCAAGCCACCCCACUGUCCUGAGUGUGGCUGCUCCCCAUGCAUCUGCAAGACUCCCUGCUGUCCUGAGUGUGGCUGCUCCCCUUGCAUCUGCAAGCCACCCCGCUGUCCUGAGUGUGGCUGCUUCCCAUGCAUCUGCAAGACUCCCUGCUGUCCUGAGUGCGGCUGCUCCCCAUGCAUCUGCAAGACUCCCUGCUGUCCUAAGUGUGGCUGCUCCCCAUGCAUCUGCAAGACUCCCCGCUGUCCCCAGUGUGGCUGCUCCCCAUGUAUCUGCAACACCCCUCGCUGUCUCCAGUGUGGCUGCUCCCCAUGCAUCUGCAAGCCUCCCAGCUGUCCUAAGUGUGGCUGCUCCCCAUGCAUCUGCAAGCCACCCCGCUGUCCUGAGUGUGGCUGCUCUCCAUGCAUCUGCAAGACUCCCUGCUGUCCUGAGUGCGGCUGCUCCCCAUGCAUCUGCAAGACUCCCUGCUGUCCUAAGUGUGGCUGCUCCCCAUGCAUCUGCAAGACUCCCCGCUGUCCCCAGUGUGGCUGCUCCCCAUGUAUCUGCAACACCCCUUGCUGUCUCCAGUGUGGCUGCUCCCCAUGCAUCUGCAAGCCACCCCGCUGUCCUGAGUGCGGCUGCUCCCCAUGCAUCUGCAAGACUCCCCACUGUUCCAAAUGUGGCUGCUCCUCAUGCACCUGUAAGUCUCCCUGGUGUCCCAAGUGUGGCUGUUCCCCCUGCUGCUGCAAGCCUCCCCGCUGUCCCAAGUGUGGCUGCUUCCCAUGCAUCUGCAAGGCUCUCUGGUGUCCCAAGUGUGGCUGCUCCCCCUGCUGCUGUGGUCAGUCCUGCUGUGGUUCCAAGUCCUCUUCGGCUUGCAGUUGCUACCAGUCCAGGUUCUGAGCCUAUUAGAAAUUGAUAACAUGUCUCCAAUUGUAAAAAAAACAGCGUGCUAGCCCAGCACCCAGAAGCAAAAUCUAACUUGCUGGUUGCUGCCUGAACACCUGGAAUAUUGAGAUCAAUGUCAACAUACACACACAUGCAGUUACCCUCCGGCUGGUUGCCUUGCUGGGCUGAUCUCUCUGAGUUAUACGCAUUUUCUUCCAUCUCCUUUAUGAAACAGAAGAUUCUUCUCUUCCAGCAUUCUUAAAAAUCUCAAUGAAAGAGUCUUGGCUUUUUCAUGGAAGUUACAUCACUUUUAUUCUCUCUUUGGUGUUUGGAAUGUGAUGCUCCUCCGUGCUGUGUAGUAACCCUUCCAAUUAAAUUCUGGAAACAUAGCUGUGUGUUGUGUUCUUGGUUCAUACUGUGUUUCAGAAAUCUCUUGGGGGGGGCAUAGCUCAGUGGCAGAACAUCUGCUUUGCGUACAGAAGGCCCAGAAUUUCCAAAUACAUCAGGGAGAUCUGUGUCUGAAUCCCUAGAGAGCUUGCUGCCAGUCAGUGUGGACAAUACUGAUCUAGAUGGACCAACGGUUUGACGGCGUAUCAGGUCGAUUCCUAUGCUCCUAUUUCCCAAAGCCAUCUUCAUUAUCUGAGUGUUUUUCCACAAUCAAGGAAACAUUAGUUUGAGGUUGUUCUCAGUUCAUGCAUGUUCCAAAAGUGGUGCUGCACCACGGUUCAAACCAAAUAUUCGGUGUAGUUCUCCGUUUAGGAUUAUGCAUUAAUUAAUUUUAUCCCACCAUUCCUCUAAAGAUCUCAUGAUCUACAUGAUUCUUCAUUGUCCCUUGACAACAGUUCUGCAAGAUAAAGUAAGUAAGAUCACCCAGUGAUCUUUGAACUCAGGUUUCCCCAGCCUAUGUUCAACAUUCUAACCACUACAUCUGACUGCCUCUUGGUAUUUCCAUGAAGCUGCCACAUGACUUAAUGAGGUUAGAAGUCUUGAAAAGGUGCUCAGGAUUUGUUUAUUAGUUUAGUUUGGACUCUUGGUGUAGGUAUGUCUUUAUAUACAUAAAAAUGUAAAAUGUGGGCAUGCUGCAGUCACACUGCAGUUCCCUUUGGCACAGACAGGUGGUGCUGUGAACUACAGUGUGGCUGGUGCUGCCUGGCCAAUUGCACUAAAGAGAGGGAGAGGCAGUGUGGGAAGGAGAAAGGCAGCCAGAAGCGGUUACUGGCCUUGGGAUCGGCGGCUGCAGCAGCAGAUUUCCAGGCAGGCUGCCUGCUGCUUUUUGUUGCCGUCUUCUUUCCCAUGCUGCUCCUCUUACCAGACCAUUUCCUCAUCCUUAUCUGCCAGGUGGCAGCAAGGCAGGCAGGAGCAACCAAGCUUGGAGCACAUGUGGGCACUAGGCAUGCCUGCAGCAAAUGAGCAAAGUGGCUACUGGUCAAUGCCUGGGGCACAGAGGGUGUUGGCAAAGGGAGUCAGAGUAUCUGGGAUUGCAGGGGUAGCAGUCCUCUCUCUCUCUCUCUCUCUCUCUCUCUCUCUCUGUGUGUGUGUGUGUGUGUGUGUGUGUGUGUGUGUACCAGUUGAGUUGGCCAAGGUAAAAUGGCUAAGCCCUGAGGAAUUGUGGGGAAUCUUGUAUGGUUUCCUGGGAUUCAUCAAGCUGGAAAAAAUGAGGAUGUCUCCCUCAUUCCAGCUUCAGCCUGCUAUGGCUGAGGGGAGACAGCUGUCUUAUCUGCAUUGUCUGGUACUCAAGGACAGGAGGCUUGAGUAGCUGCAGAUUAGGAGGCCUGCCUUUGCACUGAACAUCUGGACUAUUCCAUCACCAGGAGGUGUCAUGAUUGGUUAAUUGGCCCUCUUGCUGUUGCUGGGCAAAUUCUCCUAAAAGAGGGGUUACCCUUUAGUUAGUUGCCCCAUUCCUUCCUGACUUACCUGUGAUACAUGUGCUGGAAUAAGGAACCAAGGGGACAGGCUCUUAUACUUUCCUGUUUGUGAGUAUGUAGCUUAGGCUAGAAAAGAUGUGUCAUUUUGUGUCUGUGUGGAGCUUUCUUACUAUUUCUUGUAUGGGUGUUGCUCAUGCCUAACUCCUGUUGGAAUGUUGGGCUUAAAUGAACUGUAUGCUGCCCUUUCAUAUAUGCAUUUAUUUGUAAUCAAUAAACUACCUUGUGUUAA